AUGCACCCAAAAGCUCCCACUCGUCCACCAACGACACCUGCAGGCCGCGAGCGUUUCACCGUCAACUUCACCAUCACCAAUCUCCCCUACGAUCCCGACCUGCAGAUUCCCCACUCGGCAAAGCUCAACGCCACCCAGAGGGUCAUGACCACCUUGCUCAACCGCCUUCUGAAGGACACCAGCAUUGGCCCCAGUUUCCUUGGAUGUGCAACGACAGCCUUCAGGUCCGUGAGGCAAGGCAACAACACAGGCGUGGACCUGGUCUGCACCUACAGGAAGGAGCCCUCCAGCCCUGACUUGGACAGGGUGGGCCUUUACCACGAAGUGAGCAACAAGACCAGCGCCAUCACGCGCCUGGGCCCCUACAGCCUGGACAGGACCAGCCUCUACGUCAACGGUUACAACGAACAGCCAGUGACGCAGCCAGCAACGCCCACUCCCACUCGUCCACCAACGACACCUGCAGGCCGCGAGCGUUUCACCGUCAACUUCACCAUCACCAAUCUCCCCUACGAUUCCGACCUGCAGAUUCCCCACUCGGCAAAGCUCAACGCCACCCAGAGGGUCAUGACCACCUUGCUCAACCGCCUUCUGAAGGACACCAGCAUUGGCCCCAGUUUCCUUGGAUGUGCAACGACAGCCUUCAGGUCCGUGAGGCAAGGCGACAACACAGGCGUGGACCUGGUCUGCACCUACAGGAAGGAGCCCUCCAGCCCUGACUUGGACAGGGUGGGCCUUUACCACGAAGUGAGCAACAAGACCAGCGCCAUCACGCGCCUGGGCCCCUACAGCCUGGACAGGACCAGCCUCUACGUCAACGGUUACAACGAACAGCCAGUGACGCAGCCAGCAACGCCCACUCCCACUCGUCCACCAACGACACCUGCAGGCCGCGAGCGUUUCACCGUCAACUUCACCAUCACCAAUCUCCCCUACGAUUCCGACCUGCAGAUUCCCCACUCGGCAAAGCUCAACGCCACCCAGAGGGUCAUGACCACCUUGCUCAACCGCCUUCUGAAGGACACCAGCAUUGGCCCCAGUUUCCUUGGAUGUGCAACGACAGCCUUCAGGUCCGUGAGGCAAGGCGACAACACAGGCGUGGACCUGGUCUGCACCUACAGGAAGGAGCCUUCCAGCCCUGACUUGGACAGGGUGGGCCUUUACCAUGAAGUGAGCAACAAGACCAGCGCCAUCACGCACCUGGGCCCCUACAGCCUGGACAGGACCAGCCUCUACGUCAACGGUUACAACGAACAGCCAGUGACGCAGCCAGCAAUGCCCACUCCCACUCGUCCACCAACGACACCUGCAGGCCACGAGCGUUUCACCGUCAACUUCACCAUCACCAAUCUCCCCUACGAUUCCGACCUGCAGAUUCCCCACUCGGCAAAGCUCAACGCCACCCAGAGGGUCAUGACCACCUUGCUCAACCGCCUUCUGAAGGACACCAGCAUUGGCCCCAGUUUCCUUGGAUGUGCAACGACAGCCUUCAGGUCCGUGAGGCAAGGCGACAACACAGGCGUGGACCUGGUCUGCACCUACAGGAAGGAGCCUUCCAGCCCUGACUUGGACAGGGCGGGCCUUUACCAUGAAGUGAGCAACAAGACCAGCGCCAUCACGCACCUGGGCCCCUACAGCCUGGACAGGACCAGCCUCUACGUCAACGGUUACAACGAACAGCCAGUGACGCAGCCAGCAACGCCCACUCCCACUCGUCCACCAACGACACCUGCAGGCCACGAGCGUUUCACCGUCAACUUCACCAUCACCAAUCUCCCCUACGAUUCCGACCUGCAGAUUCCCCACUCGGCAAAGCUCAACGCCACCCAGAGGGUCAUGACCACCUUGCUCAACCGCCUUCUGAAGGACACCAGCAUUGGCCCCAGUUUCCUUGGAUGUGCAACGACAGCCUUCAGGUCCGUGAGGCAAGGCGACAACACAGGCGUGGACCUGGUCUGCACCUACAGGAAGGAGCCUUCCAGCCCUGACUUGGACAGGGUGGGCCUUUACCAUGAAGUGAGCAACAAGACCAGCGCCAUCACGCACCUGGGCCCCUACAGCCUGGACAGGACCAGCCUCUACGUCAACGGUUACAACGAACAGCCAGUGACGCAGCCAGCGACGCCCACUCCCACUCGUCCACCAACGACACCUGCAGGCCACGAGCGUUUCACCGUCAACUUCACCAUCACCAAUCUCCCCUACGAUUCCGACCUGCAGAUUCCCCACUCGGCAAAGCUCAACGCCACCCAGAGGGUCAUGACCACCUUGCUCAACCGCCUUCUGAAGGACACCAGCAUUGGCCCCAGUUUCCUUGGAUGUGCAACGACAGCCUUCAGGUCCGUGAGGCAAGGCGACAACACAGGCGUGGACCUGGUCUGCACCUACAGGAAGGAGCCUUCCAGCCCUGACUUGGACAGGGUGGGCCUUUACCAUGAAGUGAGCAACAAGACCAGCGCCAUCACGCACCUGGGCCCCUACAGCCUGGACAGGACCAGCCUCUACGUCAACGGUUACAACGAACAGCCAGUGACGCAGCCAGCGACGCCCACUCCCACUCGUCCACCAACGACACCUGCAGGCCACGAGCGUUUCACCGUCAACUUCACCAUCACCAAUCUCCCCUACGAUUCCGACCUGCAGAUUCCCCACUCGGCAAAGCUCAACGCCACCCAGAGGGUCAUGACCACCUUGCUCAACCGCCUUCUGAAGGACACCAGCAUUGGCCCCAGUUUCCUUGGAUGUGCAACGACAGCCUUCAGGUCCGUGAGGCAAGGCGACAACACAGGCGUGGACCUGGUCUGCACCUACAGGAAGGAGCCUUCCAGCCCUGACUUGGACAGGGCGGGCCUUUACCAUGAAGUGAGCAACAAGACCAGCGCCAUCACGCACCUGGGCCCCUACAGCCUGGACAGGACCAGCCUCUACGUCAACGGUUACAACGAACAGCCAGUGACGCAGCCAGCAACGCCCACUCCCACUCGUCCACCAACGACACCUGCAGGCCACGAGCGUUUCACCGUCAACUUCACCAUCACCAAUCUCCCCUACGAUUCCGACCUGCAGAUUCCCCACUCGGCAAAGCUCAACGCCACCCAGAGGGUCAUGACCACCUUGCUCAACCGCCUUCUGAAGGACACCAGCAUUGGCCCCAGUUUCCUUGGAUGUGCAACGACAGCCUUCAGGUCCGUGAGGCAAGGCGACAACACAGGCGUGGACCUGGUCUGCACCUACAGGAAGGAGCCUUCCAGCCCUGACUUGGACAGGGUGGGCCUUUACCAUGAAGUGAGCAACAAGACCAGCGCCAUCACGCACCUGGGCCCCUACAGCCUGGACAGGACCAGCCUCUACGUCAACGGUUACAACGAACAGCCAGUGACGCAGCCAGCGACGCCCACUCCCACUCGUCCACCAACGACACCUGCAGGCCACGAGCGUUUCACCGUCAACUUCACCAUCACCAAUCUCCCCUACGAUUCCGACCUGCAGAUUCCCCACUCGGCAAAGCUCAACGCCACCCAGAGGGUCAUGACCACCUUGCUCAACCGCCUUCUGAAGGACACCAGCAUUGGCCCCAGUUUCCUUGGAUGUGCAACGACAGCCUUCAGGUCCGUGAGGCAAGGCGACAACACAGGCGUGGACCUGGUCUGCACCUACAGGAAGGAGCCUUCCAGCCCUGACUUGGACAGGGUGGGCCUUUACCAUGAAGUGAGCAACAAGACCAGCGCCAUCACGCACCUGGGCCCCUACAGCCUGGACAGGACCAGCCUCUACGUCAACGGUUACAACGAACAGCCAGUGACGCAGCCAGCGACGCCCACUCCCACUCGUCCACCAACGACACCUGCAGGCCACGAGCGUUUCACCGUCAACUUCACCAUCACCAAUCUCCCCUACGAUUCCGACCUGCAGAUUCCCCACUCGGCAAAGCUCAACGCCACCCAGAGGGUCAUGACCACCUUGCUCAACCGCCUUCUGAAGGACACCAGCAUUGGCCCCAGUUUCCUUGGAUGUGCAACGACAGCCUUCAGGUCCGUGAGGCAAGGCGACAACACAGGCGUGGACCUGGUCUGCACCUACAGGAAGGAGCCUUCCAGCCCUGACUUGGACAGGGUGGGCCUUUACCAUGAAGUGAGCAACAAGACCAGCGCCAUCACGCACCUGGGCCCCUACAGCCUGGACAGGACCAGCCUCUACGUCAACGGUUACAACGAACAGCCAGUGACGCAGCCAGCGACGCCCACUCCCACUCGUCCACCAACGACACCUGCAGGCCACGAGCGUUUCACCGUCAACUUCACCAUCACCAAUCUCCCCUACGAUUCCGACCUGCAGAUUCCCCACUCGGCAAAGCUCAACGCCACCCAGAGGGUCAUGACCACCUUGCUCAACCGCCUUCUGAAGGACACCAGCAUUGGCCCCAGUUUCCUUGGAUGUGCAACGACAGCCUUCAGGUCCGUGAGGCAAGGCGACAACACAGGCGUGGACCUGGUCUGCACCUACAGGAAGGAGCCUUCCAGCCCUGACUUGGACAGGGUGGGCCUUUACCAUGAAGUGAGCAACAAGACCAGCGCCAUCACGCACCUGGGCCCCUACAGCCUGGACAGGACCAGCCUCUACGUCAACGGUUACAACGAACAGCCAGUGACGCAGCCAGCAACGCCCACUCCCACUCGUCCACCAACGACACCUGCAGGCCACGAGCGUUUCACCGUCAACUUCACCAUCACCAAUCUCCCCUACGAUUCCGACCUGCAGAUUCCCCACUCGGCAAAGCUCAACGCCACCCAGAGGGUCAUGACCACCUUGCUCAACCGCCUUCUGAAGGACACCAGCAUUGGCCCCAGUUUCCUUGGAUGUGCAACGACAGCCUUCAGGUCCGUAAGGCAAGGCAACAACACAGGCGUGGACCUGGUCUGCACCUACAGGAAGGAGCCCUCCAGCCCUGACUUGGACAGGGUGGGCCUUUACCACGAAGUGAGCAACAAGACCAGCGCCAUCACGCGCCUGGGCCCCUACAGCCUGGACAGGACCAGCCUCUACGUCAACGGUUACAACGAACAGCCAGUGACGCAGCCAGCAACGCCCACUCCCACUCGUCCACCAACGACACCUGCAGGCCACGAGCGUUUCACCGUCAACUUCACCAUCACCAAUCUCCCCUACGAUUCCGACCUGCAGAUUCCCCACUCGGCAAAGCUCAACGCCACCCAGAGGGUCAUGACCACCUUGCUCAACCGCCUUCUGAAGGACACCAGCAUUGGCCCCAGUUUCCUUGGAUGUGCAACGACAGCCUUCAGGUCCGUGAGGCAAGGCGACAACACAGGCGUGGACCUGGUCUGCACCUACAGGAAGGAGCCUUCCAGCCCUGACUUGGACAGGGUGGGCCUUUACCAUGAAGUGAGCAACAAGACCAGCGCCAUCACGCGCCUGGGCCCCUACAGCCUGGACAGGACCAGCCUCUACGUCAACGGUUACAACGAACAGCCAGUGACGCAGCCAGCAACGCCCACUCCCACUCGUCCACCAACGACACCUGCAGGCCACGAGCGUUUCACCGUCAACUUCACCAUCACCAAUCUCCCCUACGAUUCCGACCUGCAGAUUCCCCACUCGGCAAAGCUCAACGCCACCCAGAGGGUCAUGACCACCUUGCUCAACCGCCUUCUGAAGGACACCAGCAUUGGCCCCAGUUUCCUUGGAUGUGCAACGACAGCCUUCAGGUCCGUAAGGCAAGGCAACAACACAGGCGUGGACCUGGUCUGCACCUACAGGAAGGAGCCCUCCAGCCCUGACUUGGACAGGGUGGGCCUUUACCACGAAGUGAGCAACAAGACCAGCGCCAUCACGCGCCUGGGCCCCUACAGCCUGGACAGGACCAGCCUCUACGUCAACGGUUACAACGAACAGCCAGUGACGCAGCCAGCAACGCCCACUCCCACUCGUCCACCAACGACACCUGCAGGCCACGAGCGUUUCACCGUCAACUUCACCAUCACCAAUCUCCCCUACGAUUCCGACCUGCAGAUUCCCCACUCGGCAAAGCUCAACGCCACCCAGAGGGUCAUGACCACCUUGCUCAACCGCCUUCUGAAGGACACCAGCAUUGGCCCCAGUUUCCUUGGAUGUGCAACGACAGCCUUCAGGUCCGUGAGGCAAGGCGACAACACAGGCGUGGACCUGGUCUGCACCUACAGGAAGGAGCCCUCCAGCCCUGACUUGGACAGGGUGGGCCUUUACCACGAAGUGAGCAACAAGACCAGCGCCAUCACGCGCCUGGGCCCCUACAGCCUGGACAGGACCAGCCUCUACGUCAACGAUUACAGUGAACCACGUGAUCUGUCAUUGGAAAAGCCAUUCAACACUCAAACCCCAGGACAAAUAAUACAGCAAUUCACAGUGAACUUCACCAUAACCAACCUCAGGUUCACUACAGACCUAGGGAGAUCACAUUCUGCUAAAUUCAAUUCUACCAAGAAAAUAAUGCAGCAUUAUAUUGACCCUCUGCUUCAGAAAAGCAGCAUUGGCCCUGAUUUCAUUGGCUGCAAAGUAAUACUAUUCAGGUCAGUGACGAAUAGUGAUAGCACAGCAGUAGACAGCAUCUGCAGCUAUGGAAACGGCUCCCAAGUGCCCAAUUUUGACAAAGCUACAGUUUACCAAGAACUAAAGAACAUGACAAACAACAUCACCAAAUUAGGAAUCUAUAAACUGGACAAGGAGAGCCUCUAUGUCAACGGUUAUAACAAACCACUCCAGAGAUCACAUCUGAGCAUAACUACUGCUCCAAGCCCAACAACCAGCCAUUUCACACUUAAUUUCACCUUGACCAACUUCCAAUAUACUGCAGAUCUGGAUGCACCAAAUUCCCGCAGAUUCAUUUCCACUGAGAAAGUUAUCAAACAUUAUAUUGACCCUCUGUUCAAAAGAAGCAGCAUAAGGUCUGUCUACACAGGAUGCAAAGUGAUGGGAUUUAGGUCUGGGAGGCACAGGAGUGACACAGGUGUGAAUGCUGUCUGCAGCUACAAGAACAAUGGCAGCAUGGCCAGGUUUGACAGAGAAACAGUUUAUCAUGAGCUAAGCACCAUGACAAAUGGCGUCACCAAACUAGGGCACUUCAGCCUAGAGAAGAACAGUCUGUACGUUAAUGGUUUCCACCUCCCAGACACAGCUACCACCAGAAAACCUGUCUUGAAUAAAGCUCCAGCCAUAACAGGAUACAAACUGAGCUUUAGAAUAGUCAACGAAAACUUAACUAACCCAGACUCUCAGUCUCCAGAAUACAAAGCAGCACUGGAAAGCAUCAGUAAAAAGCUGAACCAAUUAUACCGUCAGAGCAACCUGCAAGGCCAGUUCCUAAACUGCAGCAUCACAAGACUAAGGGUUGGAUCCAUAGUGGUUGACUGCAAUUGCUUCUUCCAGCAAGAGCCCAGCAUCAACAGGGUAGAGGUUGAAAAGGCUUUUCAGAAUGGGACUUCAAAUACAACGGGACUAUGGUUGGGGAGCAGCUACCAGUUGCAAGAAUUCUCAGUAGACGGCUUGGAACUAGCAAUUGAAGCAGCAACCAACAAAACACCUCUCAAGUCUGAGAAGGAAAGCUUCAGAUUGAAAUUCAGAAUCACCAACCUUCCAUACUCCCCAGAACUGCAGGACUCCAGGUCACAGAUGUACCAAGAGAGCAAAGAGAAAAUUGAGAAAGAGCUCGAUGUAUUCAGAAGUAGCAGCAUGAAGAACAACUUUGCUGGCUGUACCGUGGAGAGCUUUGGGCCUGUCCAUGAGAAACCUUACACAAGCAUCGCCUCUGUCUGCAAAUUCACACAUGACCCCUUCUCAAGGGCUUUACAAAAGCAAGAGGUGUACAAGGAGCUGCAGCGCUUGACAGAUGGGUUCACCAAGCUGGGCCCCACCUAUGAGCUGGAUGAGCAGAGUUUAGUGGUUGAAGAUUACUCUUCGCUCACAACAGCGGAACAAGAGUCCAAAAGAUCUGAGCUUCAGUUCUGGGCAAUAAUCCUCAUCUGUGUUUUUGCCCUGCUUGGGUUCAUUCUCCUCCUGUUGUUAUGCUUCCUGAUUGCCUUUUGCCUAAGAAGAAAGUCAGAUCUGUACCAGGUUCAGCAGGGCAUGUACGGUGUGUUCUUCCCACAUCUGGGCACAAAAGUCCAUUGACAGAACAGGUGAAGUAUUGUCUUCAAGGACCUGUUCAUCCAUUCAUGAAGGAAAAAUGUUUACGAGCACUAGAAAAAUGUUUCUUUAAUAAAUUAUGUUUAGCAUUU